AUACUAUCGCCAUGGAGAACAAGUGUCCCCAUGUGUCAUUAUAGAUCAUCCUGUUUAAGACAAAGUCCAAUCGUGCUAUAAGAAUGCAAUAUCUUAAUUUUACAAUGCUAGAAUUUUAUUUUGUUCCAAUGCUGUUACUCAUGGAGUUUUUGAUUUUGUGCUAUAUGAUUAUUUUCCAUACAAUUAUAGCAUGCCAUUAUAGUUUUGCACAUUUCAUGCAAGAAUCAGUAACCAUAAGCAAUGGUAAUUUUCCAACCCAGAAAUUCAGUUAAAGCUACCUUUUGAAGUUCUUAAUACUUAGCAAUGCAUGUUUGUUCCAGUUUUUAGCUCACCUGAGCUAUAAACUCAAGUGAGCUUUUCUGAUCAUCAGUUGUCCCAACUUGAGCUGCAUUCAUCUGCCUGUCGGUAAACUUUACCAAUUUUGAACUUCUCCAGAACCACAGGGCAAUUUCAUCCAGAACCACUGGGCAAUUUCAUUCAAACUUGCGAAAAGGCAUUCUUGGGUAAAGGGGAUUCAAAAUUGUUCAAAUAAAGGGUUACACCCUUUUCAAAAGGGAGAUAAUCAAGACAUAGUGAAAAUACGCUUGGAUCUUUUAAAAAUCAUCUCUAUAAAUGAACCACAUAUCCGGAAAACACUAAUUUUAUGCUAAAUGCAUAGUCAUGUAGAGCAGAAAGGUCUGUACCCCGGGGGUAGAGGUUCUGACUCCAUGGUGGGGCAAUAUUUGGCAUACAGUCUUUACAGCAUUUAUUCAGUUUAUUUAUUGACAUCACCAUGUUGGCAUACAGUCAAAAUAACAAAACAAAUGACAGAUAACAAAAAGAAAAGAAGAGAAGAGAAAAAAAAAUAUGACACAAUGACUAUAGCAUAUAAUAUAUAUUCAUACGGUUCUCUGCAUAAAGCAUCUAUCUAAAUAAUUACACAAACAUUUUGUAAUAUUAUCAUCACAUGUGUGAACAAUUUCUUUAUUGGGAUCAGUACCACAGUAUAAUUUAUCACUAAAAAUAUCAUAAUUUUGAAAUCGAAGUUUAUCAUACACAGGGCUGUAAAGUACAAAAUGUUUUUCGUUUUCAACAGAUAAUCUACAAGCAUAGCAUACACGUUUUUCCUUCGGAUUAUUGGUUUACAAUAUCUACCUGUUUCAAUAAAUAGUGAAUGUGCACUUGUUCUUGAUUUCGUUGCCUGUGAUCUUUCACACUUUUUCAAAGGAAACUAAGUAAUUCUGCAAUUUAUAUUCAUUACAAUUUAAGAUUUUACUAUAGAAAUAAAGUUUUCCUUGAUUAGAUAAUGAGAUUUUGUUCAACUGUUCAUAGUUCAUGUCGGCAAAAGUUUUAUUAAGCUUACAUCUAAACUCCUUAUGAGAAAUAUUUAAAGAAGUCAAGUUAAGUUUAUGUUGAAGAUUGAAAAUCUUGCUUUGCCAUGAAUUAUAGCUCUUUUUCAGAACUAAUUCUUUGUCCUCUUUAAAAGCUGAUGCUAAAAGCACAUUAUUAUAUGUGGUACUUGAUUCCAAAUCUCUUGAUCUGAUAUAGUAUUUAAACAUGUUUUCAUAACAUAAGUAGUAGAAUGGAUAAGAACCCAAUUCAGCAUUGACUGCUAAGUUUUAUGUUUUUCUAUGUACACCUAGAAUAUCUUUGAGAAUAUGAUUUUGUUUUUUCAAAUGGAAAACAUUCUGGGGAUUUAACAUCUAAUUUAUAGUCUGUAAUCCAUAUUUCAGAUCCACAUGUUAUAAUUGGUACAAUCAUUGAUUGGUAUAAUUAGAGUAACACAUGUUAUAAUUGGUACAAUCAUUGAUUGGUAUAAUUAGAGUAACACAUGUUAUAAUUGGUACAAUCAUUGAUUGGUAUAAUUAGAGUAAAACUUGGACUGAAAGAUUGUUGUUUCCAGGUAUACUUGAUUUCAAUGCGUAAUAUGCCUUUUAGCACGUUCUGAAAGUUGUUCAGAAGCAAACUUCAGUUUUCCAUUUGAUGUAAAUACAAGUCCUAAAUAUUUAUAUUAAUCUGUUAUACUGACAAUGUUAUGCUUAUAAUAAAAGCCAUAUACAUAUCUUUCACUGAUGCACGUCUAGAUAAAAUCAUUGCAUUGGUUGUUUUUUUUUCCAUAUAAUUAUUCACUUGUAACUUCCACACUGUACAAUAUUUUGCUAAAGCAUUCAGACAAUGUUGAAGUCCAGAUGAAGAUUAAAAAAUUAAAACUAAGUCAUGAGCAAAAAUCAUGACUGUAUUGGUUGGUAUCGUCGCUGUCGGACAAGUAGUAUUGUGGAGUCCCACUCAUGACAUUUCUUCUCUUUUAUCCACUCUCGUGUUGGGCACCAAAUGUACUGACAGCUCCUUUAUAACUUUUUGUGCUUUAUGUAUUUCUUCAGACUGCUUGUUUAUUUCAGUUACCAUAGCUUCUAUUUUAUAGUCUUUUUCUUUCUCUUUGUCUUUGAGCGUUUGAAUAAUCCUUGUGUGUUCCUUUUUUCUUUGCUGAAGUCUUUGAAGUUUUUUUUCCAAAAUACAUACACAACCGUCAUUGCUGUUUUAGUCUUCCUUCAACCACACUUAAAAAUUCUACAUUUGUUUUUCAAGUUUUGUGAUUCGUUCUUCACUAAUUGCCACAUGUUGUGAUGGCUUGCUCUCCAUUGAUUUGAGGUGUUCACAGGCUUUUGCUUCAAAUGCUUGAAUCAGUAUUUGUACAUCUUGUCCCUUCUUUGGUGAAGGUUGUAGGAUGCGAGGAGAGUGAUAGUUAAUAUGCUCUCCAUUGAUUUGAGGUGUUCACAGGCUUUUGCUUCAAAUGCUUGAAUCAGUAUUUGUACAUCUUGUCCCUUCUUUGGUGAAGGUUGUAGGAUGCGAGGAGAGUGAUAGUUAAUUCUAGAUCCUCAGAUGUGAGGUCCAGCGGUUGGAAUGAAUUGUUUGUUAUUUCAUCAACAAUGGUCUUUAGAUACUCGAAUUCCUCUUCAAUCCACUAUUCAUAAAAACUUCCCAGAAUAGUUGCCAGAUAUGUAGUAGAGUAAACAUGAAUAGUAAUUAAUUUUUCCGUUUCCUCCUCUUUAUUGCCUGUAUUUGAGCAUGUUGAAAGCUUGAUCAUCACUUCAUCCACUUCAUUUUCAUUGAGCUGAUCAAUCCAAUUGCAAAUAAAAGCUUUUUUCCUUACUGAACUGGUAGUGGUAUCGGUACGCUUUCAAUCAUGACUUUAGUCGGUCUAUACUGUUUAUUUUGAGGCUUGCCAUUCUCAUGUCGGGUUCGUAAAGGUAUUUGUCAAUGUCUUCAAUUUUGGCGUUAGAGGCUUUGCCUGUUGGUUUUCUAAGACAUUUUGGAAUAGUAUAUUUUUCGAAGUCUAUGACAGAUGACCAAUAAUUUUAAGAUACUACAUUAUUUAUGUCUUGUUUGUUGAUUGGUCAAAUGUCACCAUUUUGUCGAACGAAACACAAUUGUUUUCUUUGCAGGUAAUAGUGGUACUAUUUUCUAUUCUACCACUUAUAUAAUGUUUACUGGUGCCCAGAGUACUGAUCAAAACUACUUACAGGUUGUCAAAUGCCCACUGUGACGAUUUAUAUAACAUCUUCUUUAAUGCUAGCCUAUUGAAUAUAUUAAAUUAAAACUAGAUAUAUUCAGAAGAUGCAGGUAUCCCUAUACCAGAAUUGUUUCAUGAUCCCAGGGGUAGGAGUUUUGAUAACCAGGGUGGGGCUAAAAUGGUCAAAAUGAUUAAAUGUCUUAAUCAGUUGAGAGGCUACUUUAAUUUUGCUUUUACUAUAUAAAAAUUAAAUGCAUAUUAAGGAGAAGCAGAAAGGGAUGUAACAAAAUUGUUCAUUUUGCAACCCAAGGGUUCUGACCCUAGGGCAGAUCCAAAAUAGUCAUAAAGUGUUAAUACAUGUAUAACAUAUAUAUUAUGUAAAGUCUUUCAUCAGUAUGGGCACAUUUGGGGGCAUUUGUGUUUUAAGAACACAUCUUGUUUUAUACUGCUGCUGAAUAUUAGAAUUUAGCUUAGAUAUGCAGAACAGAAAAAUCGUUCUAGAUUUCAUAGCCCUUGAGGCUAGUGAUACUUUUAACUAAUAUUCAGGUGACCAAUAAGGCCUGUGGGCCUUUUGUUUUUCUUUUCUUUUUUAAUUGUUAUGAAACACCUUUACACUUAAAGUCUGUGGAUCAAAUAUGUAUUACUUUUCGAUCACACUUACAAAAUAUUUCUACUGUGAUAUAUGAACAUGAUCUCUAUGCUAUACAGUUGUAACUGGGAUACAUAUUUUAUUAUAAUACUGCCUUUGAAUUCAAACUUUUGUACUACAUGUAUAUGUUAAUUAAGAGUUCUGAAAUCCAUUGAAUGAUCUUUUAUUUAGUAAUAGUACACUUUUAUUUUUAAAGGGAGAAUAAAGGAUCUCUAAAAUUAAUAUUUUUAUUAAGAAAACAUACUGGUGGUGUUAUCAGAUAUGUUAAAUGUGUCUAUUGUUACUGAGUACUAUGCAUGUUACCACAUGGUACUUUUUUUUGCAUAAAAUGCACUACAUAUUUAAAUUAAAUAAACGUAUUUUUAAAGUAAUCAUGACUUCUGUCAUUUGUUCAUUUUCAAACAGGAUAUAACUUUUGUGCUACCCUUUAUCUCUUGAACGCGUUCCAGGCGAGAACAAAGCGAGACAACUUGGGUGUACUUGAUUUGCUGAGAGUUAAAGAUGCCAGAGAAAGCGAUCGUUUAUGACUGUCAAGUAUCGGAGGCAACAGAUGCUAGGACGGACGUUAUUGUCAACGCCUCGCGGGCCUGUCAGUUUAGCGGCGACAGAUGUAUUGAUUCACAUAUUGACCACAUAAUUAUUUAGGGGUUUUAUUGUUAAGUAGACAUUGUUACCUUAAGAUUAUAUUUUCAAGAGAGAGAAAAAAAUCUAAAAAUGCAGCUGAUUUUAAAGCGCUGGGAGGUCUUCAAUGACGAUGUAAUGCAGCUACAUAAUCACUCUACCGCAUCUAUUGGAAAACUUGGGAGCUAAUUCGGAGCGAUAUUAAUUCCACUGUAGUCUAUAAACAGAGGCGGGGAAAGAGUGGCUGCGAUUUGGGACCAUUCCAUAAACUUUUUAAAAGCACUUGAUAUAUGGAGUUUUGCACAAGUGUCAUAAGAAUCUGGCUUUUGUGUUGCUCAAGAAGUUAGAGCGGUAUAAAUUAUGAGCGAACAGUCGUGUAACUUCGACCUUCUCUCCGCAGUGUUGAAUAUAGCCAUUUAUUAGAGGGGCAUUUCUAAGUAAGCACGUGCGUUAAUGCGCGAGACAUUAACUACCUUUUAUUUUAUAAAUUUGCAUUUUUGUAUCAUGUUGUCACGAUGAAAAAAUACUUCAAUUUUAUUUUGGACGGGAGUUUAGAACAGAGAGGGAUGGCUUCCACCGGUGUUUAAAAGAGAAAUACGACACUUUAACUAAAGUUUUGAAUGGCUCGUCAGAUGUGAAUAGAACCCAAGUGAAAAAUGCAUUAUCAGUGCUAAGGGGAAAAAAGUGCCAUGCUGUAAUUUUCUUUCCGUAUGUGAAACUGCACUUCGUUCAUUGAGCGCUGGACAUUACGAGUGAUUGGCAGACGAGUGUGUCCUGAUUGAUUGCUGGUUCGGGUACCAUACCGAUCCGGGGGAGGAGCGAAUAAUCAAAACAAAGCAGCUGAUUGGACCUCUCGUAGGAAAGGAACACUUAGUGGGUCUGCACACAAGAAUGUUGUGUUUUCAGUAACGAUACACUGCGAUCUCGGGUUAUAAUUUAUUUGGGGGGAACCUUGGAGUGGACUUGUAUUUUGUGAUUUGCUCCCGAGGACGGUUUCCAUAAUGAAACUUCGUGACUUAUAGACUCGCUGUUUAUCUCUGCCUCACCGUAGCAUUGUUAUCAGUAAGGGAAACACACAACCAUGUGUUCAGUAUGUCAGAGGAGGGGAGUGUAUGAACAUUAUAGAAAUUUUAUUGCAGUUCUACUAACGAUCUAAUUUGACUUCUAAUGGACUUACCACGCUUUACUUCAGGAUAAGUCACCUGUACCAGACUUAGCCAUUAUGGAAUACCGAAAAAGAUUUCAAAGUUUGACAGUGAUCGUGUGUCUGUUUUUUCUGUAUGGAUCUGAGGGAACAGAAAUUGUCAGGAAAUGUGACCCUAUUCGGAUUGAGAUGUGUAAGGGACUUGGAUAUAAUGUAACCGGUAUGCCGAAUCUGGUUGGACAUGAUCUGCAGCAAGAUGCCGAGUUACAACUACAAACCUUCACCCCUCUAAUUCAGUAUGGUUGCUCACAACAGCUGAAAUUUUUCCUGUGUUCAGUAUAUGUACCAAUGUGUACCGAAAAAGUGCUAGAGCCAAUUGGACCAUGCAGACCAAUGUGUUUGAGCGUCCAGAGACGCUGUCAGCCUGUCCUCCACGAGUUUGGGUUCCCUUGGCCAGUUGCUCUUAACUGUUCUAAGUUUCCACCCAAAAAUGACCAGCACCACAUGUGCAUGGACGGUCCCGGGGAGAGCCCAGUCGAGGAACGAACCAAACGACCCCCCUUCAAGCCACCCAUGAACGAAAAGAAAGGCAAAUGUGACAUGUUCAAGCAUCCUAAAAUGUACACCUUCAUCAACCGGACCGGCAGAUGCGCACUCAAAUGUAACGAAAACGCUGCCUUCACAGCAGAAGACAAAUAUUUCGCAGACAUUUGGAUGUCUAUAUGGUCAGGACUGUGUUUUGUGUCCACUUUGUUCACCAUUCUCACCUUUGUCAUUGACUCUCAGAGGUUCAAAUACCCGGAGCGUCCUAUCAUCUUUUUAUCCAUGUGUUAUAACAUCUACAGUAUUGCAUACAUAGUUCGUCUGAUCGCGGGAAGGGAGUCCAUCGCAUGUGAUCAAGACACGGCCACCAAGACCUCCAUUUUGAUCCAGGAGGGUCUUGAAAACACGGAUUGUGCCAUUGUCUUUCUCUUACUGUAUUAUUUCGGUUCAGCAGCCGCUUUGUGGUGGGUUAUUUUGACCGUCACGUGGUUUCUGUCCGCAGGACUCAAGUGGAGCCAUGAAGCAAUUCAACUUCAUAGCAGUUACUUCCAUUUAGCUGCUUGGGCUCUGCCAGCCAUUGAGACCAUUAUCAUCCUUGUCAUGAGAGAAGUGGAUGCCGAUGAACUGACAGGGAUCUGCUAUGUUGGAAACCAAAAUACACAGACUCUUUUGGGUUUUUCUGUGGCCCCUUCAUUCGUCUACCUCGUCGUUGGAGUGGCGUUUCUUAUCGCCGGAUUUAUAGCUUUAUUAAAGGUCCAGUCCCAGGACCGUGUGAACGGAGUGAAAUCCGCUAAAAUUGAAGUCCUGAUGGUCCGGAUUGGGAUCUUCAGUCUUCUUUACACAAUCCCCGCUGUGGUAGUCAUAGCAUGCCUAUUGUACGAAUUUGCGAGCAGAGACUCAUGGUACCAUAAACAGUCUACUUCUAGUGAUCCAAAGAUGGAAAUCUUCAUGUUGAAGAUUUUUAUGACUCUAGUGGUUGGAAUCACCAGUGGGAUGUGGAUUUGGUCGUCCAAGACUAUCAAUUCCUGGAGGAAUUUUGCGGUCAAAUUAACUUUCCAAAAGGACAAACGCGAAGUUCGAAAGACAAUCGAGUAUAGCGUCCCUCCCCACCAGUAUCACCCUGUACCAGUCAAACACGUGAACAGGGCAGUCAGGAGUGAGAAAUCCAAACCAAAACGGACAAAAACGGAAGGUCAAAUUGUUGUCUAAUUUUCAUGUGUUAUCCAUCAUGAAUUCACGGCUGGGUAUUAUCGUUUUUCAUUAUGGAUUUAUAAUUAUUAUUUUUUGUUUGAGUGAAAAUACGGAGAAAAUGCAGUAAGCAAUGAAAUACUCAAAAGUGCUUGUUGUGUGUGAAAAUGUGCUUAAUGAAUGUGUUUGUUUUCAAAUGUGAACACGAAACCAUUGAAACAAAACGAGAAAAUUUCCUCCUGCAUCCUUCUGUAUUGCAUGUUUUGAGAUAUGAAGACAACCAUCGUGUUGGUGUUCGUCUCCAUUUGCUGCUAUAGAUGUCAGUUUUUUAAAAUGCCAUGCGAAGUUGGAGAGAAAAUUUACAACCGACUGCUAAAAUGUUUUCAAGUGAUUCUGAAAAUUUUAUUGUGUGCAUGUGUACCGAUUAUACCUGCUAUGCCGAGAUCAUGCAGCGACGUACAACAAAUGGCUUCGUUUUUUGACUGUUUCUCUCUCAAAAUCAAUUCACGGUGCGAGCUCUCCAUCCUAUUUCUCUGACACGUGUCUGAAUGAAGACGAGUUACCAUGCAAGCAACUUCUCUUCAUUUUGGUGAAAACAAUGCACCGAGCAGAAUAAAAACUUUUUAUCUACAGUAGGGCACCAAUAAACCGGCACUGGUGCUGGGCGAAAUUUUGGCUCCUUUCGACACGCCACUACGCGGCGGGUGGAAGGACACCAUCAUACUUAUCUAGUUACCAAAAAAUCAGUUGGCAGAGGGAACCUAGUCACAGACACUUCCCAAUGUGUAAAUUUUUAUUACAGUGGAGAGUGACAUUUGAGAGUGCAUGGUGUUUAUAAGGGGAACUACACGAGUAAGCUUUUGUUAAACGACAGAGAUAACGGUAUUGUUUCUGUUCAUUUUUACCUAUACUGUUCAUUUUAUAUCACUUGUUAUUUAUGGAUCUUGAUAAAUUACCAAUAAUUUUCAAAAAGAAA